CGGUGAAAGUAAAAGAAAUGACAUAUAUAUGUAUAUAUAUAUAUAUACUGUCUAAAACUUUCACUUCGAGCAAACAGUCGAGUAAAACGAUUGUGAAAAUAAAAAUGAAGUGGGGGAUACAUUAAAGGUAAAGUCAGUAAGAUUAAAACAUCGGAUGAAUCAAACACGUAGAAUACACACGUCCGUGAAAUAUUAUUUUGAUUAAUUUCUAAUAUCAUUAUUUACAGUGUUUGAUUAUAUAUAUAUAAAGAACAAAAUAAUUUUGUUUAAAAUUCGCGUUUUACAUAUAGCGUGUCAUUCAAAAUUAAGAGUGAAUAUAAAUCAUGGGAAGAAUAUAUACGACGAAAAUGAUUACGAUCUUAUUUUUAACGAUCGUUUCAAUAUUCCUCGGACUAAUUGUCGAAAGCAAUGCAACAAUAGGACAACCAAAGGCACCGAAUUUCCAAUAUUUUGAACGGCCAAAAUAUCGUUAUCCGUAUUACGACGAGAACGGAAGAGGUAAACUCUUGUACGGCUACGGAGGUCCCGAUUUGUACGAAUAUAAAACGUUCUCUAUUCUCGAAGGCAUACAUUAAUUCUAAUAAGAUAAUUCUAUGUAUAUGUUAUUUUUUGUUUUUGCUAAACAAUUGUUUUUCUAUAUGUUAAUAAUGUAUUUUAAUGCGUGUUGUACAAGUAAAAAUUUAUAAUAAUCGCGUUAAUUACGUUGUUUCUCUAUCUUUAGUAAAUUCAUUUCUGAUUUAAAGCAUUAUUUAUUUAUUAUUAUUAUUAUUAUUAUUAUUAUUAAGCAUAUAAUAACAACAGAGAAUAUUUUAUACGAAUUAUUGAUUGACUAUCAUUUAAAUAGAGGUAUAUUUGUACACGAUUAAGAGCUUGCAACAACGAGAAAGAAAAACUAAUAUUAUUCUUUCUCUUUCUUUUUUUUUUAUUUAUUUUCUAUAUAAUAUUAUAUUGUUUUUUUCUUGGCAUAAAACAAUGAACGUUUAUAAAGAUUGAAUGUGUAUUUUGUUAUAUAUCUGAUUAAUUAAUAAUCAUUUGUAUUAUUUAUAAUGUAAUAAUAGUCUCGUUGUUA